AACAUCAUUUGGAGGCUUUGCUUUCAACUUCAGCUGGUCAAGAGCAAAGCAGAGAACUAUGUACUUUCCUUUGUGGAAGUAGAUAUCAGAUAAUAGAAAUUACUAUCAAGACUGGCUUCAAGUCCCAAAAGAAAAGAAAAGAAUUUUGAAGAAGAAAACAGAGUUACCAGGAGAAGGAACAGGAGUUUCAGGAGGAAGUCCUCAUCAAACAGCUAAUGCAGUGCUUACCUGAAAUCAGCCCAACAGAGCUGUCAAGCUGGUGUCCAGAUGAGGGCCUUCUGACAAAGCCGGUACAAGAGCAGGAUCACCAGGAUGACUUCGAGGUUUUGGAGCAUCAACACCCUCCCCAAAAGGAGAGAAUCCCUCAGGAGAUACAGAAAGAAGUCACUCAAGAAGAAUCCUAUAAUCUUGGCUGUGGUGAAAUAGGACUAGUUCAGACAGAGCUGAACCACAAAGGGAGCAUUGGUCCAGAAAAUCCUCAUGACUCACAGGGGUCAAAUGGAACAGACUUACAAGUCUAUAAUAAAGAAGACCCGAGAACUAAGCAGCAAGAACAAGAAAAAAGUCAAUCAAAGGGGAUCCUUGGGUUGCUGGGUGAAGAAGUCUUGAAAGUGACAAGAUUGUGGCAAGAAUGGGAAGUGAACGAGGUGAUUAAAGUCAUGCAAGAACAACACCGUUCCCAAGUAGAAGAGAUGCAGAAGGUAAUAAGCCAGCAGUGGACAGAAGAGAAAGACCUCAUCCAGCAUGGUUCUCCAAAGGAGCUAGGAAGCUUGGGGCUACCACAGAGGAAACAGUACCAUGAACAUUUAUCAGGGAAUUGGGAUUUGUGUCAGAAGAAGGAAGGAGUUUUAUCCCUGCUGCCCCAACAAGAUGGAAAGUUAUCUAAAGUGUUACUCACAGAAGAUCACUUAGAUAGUGAAAUUCGAAAAACUGUUCAGCAACAGAGUUCAGACAAAAAAGGGCCAGUACCAGAAGAUGAAACUUCAGAAUUAUCCCAAAAAGAAGACCAAAAUGAUGAUGAGCCCAAAGUAUUGCAUCUGGAACAACAAAAGGAAAACAUUAUCAGUUUAAAAGGGAUACCCCAAGUUCUGCAAGUGGUAAAACAGCAGCAUCAGUGUCAAAAGGAGGCCAUUUUGAAAGUAAUGUAUCAGCAGCAGACCCAUCAGGAAGAGGCCAUUAGAAAGGCCAUUGGUCAGCAAUGUCAGGUAGAGAUGGUUCUCAAGGUCAUGCAUCAAGGAUGGCAGUGCCAAAUAGAAGCUGUUCUGAAGACCGUGAAGGUGCAGCAGCAAUCUCAAGAAAAGGCAAUUUUGAAAGUGAUAAGGCAGCUGGGGUACCAAGGGCAAGAGGACCCCUGGGUGAUGGAGCCAGAUCAGGAUGACCAUGAGAAAGAGGAGAUGAAACACAGUUCAAAGUCCCCAAACACUGAAGAACCACAGGACCAAAGAGAAGGGGAUCUCAGGGACCCACUGAAUCGACAUGAUGGGGAUCCAAAGGGGAGAGAGCAAGGUCAAGAUGUGGACAGGGAGUCAGUGACCCUUAAAGCCAGAGCAAGUCAGCGGCGAAGAGCAAAGCAUGCCCAAAACAGUGGUUCAAAGAAAACAGAUCAGCAAAUCCAAGACACUUGUGAAGAGGAGAAUGAUAACAAAGUAGCAGAACAGAACCAAGAGGAAGAAAAGAAAUCAAAGAAACAGAAAAGAGACAUUCCUAAUUAUUUUGUAGCAAUUCCAAUAACUAACGAUCAGAUUCUGGAUAAAAUUGAAGAUGUGCAGGAGUUCAUUUACAGUAAGGAACCUGAACUGCUGAAAGCCCUGAUUUCUGUCCAGACUAUGCAUGUCACCAUCAUCAUAGCUCAUCUCAGAACAGAGCAAGAUGUGCAAAAAGCCAUUUCAGCUCUGGAGCAGAGCAAAGUUCGUGUGGUAGAGCUUUUGGAUGGCAAACGUCUUAAUAUGACAUUUCAUGGGAUUGGCCAGUUUAACAAUCAAAUAAUAUAUGUGAAAAUGUCUGGAGAGCAGGAGCAACAACUGCUGAGCAGAAUUGCAGAGGCUGUGGAGAAAUCUUUUCAGGAAAUGAACAUAGACAUCACAGGUAGCAAAGACUUCAGACCACAUCUGACUUUCCUGAAACUAUCCAAAGCACCUGCAGUGAAGAGAAAGGGCUUUAGAAAGAUCUAUUCUGAAUUAUAUAAAGAAUAUGAAGACUGCCCCUUUGGGAUUGAAGUCUUUAGUCAAAUCGAUCUUUGCUCCAUGCAUAAAAAGAAGCAAGAAUCUGGAUAUUAUCACUGUGAAUGUACAAUUUCUGUUGCUUCUGGGAACACAAAUGAGGCCCAGAAACCAGCCAUAGAGAUAGAGUAUUUGGAAGAAUUGUGUGCUCACAUCUCUCCUGACCCUUGCUCAGAAGCCAAAACCACUGAAAGUUGCCGUUGUAUCUCUUGUAUAGCUGAAGAUGAUGAAAAAUCCACUGAACAUAUAACCUCACCUGGGGCUGGAUGUGAAACAGCAGACCAUGAGACAGGUGCAUUAGUUUCAGAUGAAAUCUCAGAUGAGAUCUCAGAUGAGAUAGAUGGAAAGGUCUUGCUUUAAGUCAUUUCCUGAGAUGUUGCCAGUACAACCAGAUGCAAUGAAGAAAAUAGAUGAGAGAUCAGGAAAAAAAAAAAAUGAAACUGACAGAUGGCAAUUUGCAAAGAGUUGAAUCAACAGUAAUUGUACGGAUCAGCCUGCCUGCCCAGGAUAAGGUAGAACUUGUUCCAAUCCUCAGCUAACUACAGGGAAAGCCACAGUGCCAAGAGGUUCUCUAAACUGACCCAUAGGGUGUUCUCUGGACCGAGAUGACAACACAGAAACUGACAUGUGCCACUUCUUUUGAAUGCCAUCUGGAGAAUAAAUUACUUUGUAAGCCACAUCAGAAAUCAUCUGUUUGUAAAUGCGGUAACAAAAACAAAAGUGAAAUCCAUCCAGGAAUGUGGAGGGUCUCAAUCAAAAACUAAAGAAAUCCAGAUGACAGAAUACUGCUUUUGGCAAUUUCAAAAGACAAAGCUGUCUAACUAUCAUCAUCUAUUUAUUUGCCUGUAUAUUUUUGUGGACUGAUUUCAUGUCUUUUUUUUUUUUAAUCCAGGGCUUAUUUUCUGAUUUUGGAAAAGCCAAAUUUAAAUCUUUUGGAAUUGUAUUUUAUUCCAAUCAUUGAAUGAUAAACUCCUCAAAGUUGAAUGUCUCUGACCAUUUAAGAGGAUGGAUGAAAUGCUAUUGUUGGUGUCUCAAAGUGCCAUAACCAAAAUGAAAAAUGUCCUCCUUUAAAUAUUUGACUUGAGUUGUUUAGAGGAAUUGUAAUCUUUUUUGGGUAAGGAAGGGACUCAACAUUCCACUUGAAAUUAAAAAAUGCAUUCACAAAAUAAACUGUGAAGACUUUGUCGUU